UCAGUCGCUGCCUGCCUUAAAUUGCUGUUUCUUCGUCGUAUAUUUACAAUGGCAGCAGCGUUAUCCCGUGCUCUUAAAUUGCCCGGUAAGAAGGGCUCGGAGCUAGGAGAGUAUGACCCACUUACCCAGGCAGACAGUGAGGACGACAGUGAGGAGGAUGACCUGGUGCUCAACUACCCUCGUAACGGUCUUGGCAGGAGCAACAACAUGGGCACUGGCACAUCAGAUUCCCGCAGCAACAGGGGGAGCAGGUUUACCCAGCAGGAGGAUGUGGAGGAGGAUGAGGAAGAGGAAGAGGACGAGUGGAGAGAAAGGCACCGGGGGAAAUCAAGGCCAGAGACUGACGAUGGGAAGGGCAGGCAGUACUGGAGCCAGAGGGAGAUGGGCAGGGAUGCAACCAGUGAGGACGGAGAGGGAAUGCGAUCCACUGGAGGUGGAGGCAUAGGAUCAGAGUGUGAUCCUGAUGGUAAAAAGGCCAGAGCGAAGAAUGCAGCUCGCACAGCUGCCUUCUUAGUGCCACUGUGCUUAGCAAUGGUUGUGGUUCUACUGUGUGCAUUUAUCCUGCCCUGCGAGGAAGUCAGAAGGCCCCAGUGGGAGGUGGAACUAGGAGCUGAUGCAGGAGGUUUCACAUCCCUCCCCUUGGCACUGUGGGACGUGGACAACGAUGGUCUAGAAGACAUAUUAGUAGGAGUCACCCUGUUGUCCAAUGAAAGUCAGGUCCCCAGCUCACAAGCUAUCAGUAAAGAGUACAGUGUGGUGGCUCUGGCUGCCACCAAUGGGAGCGUGCUGUGGAGGCGGCCGCUGAGAGCGCCUGUGAUAUCUGUUCAGUGUGGGCUGCAGACCGGAGCAGCAGCAUCCUCAGCAGCAGCAUCAGCAGCAGCAGCACACCCAGCAGAGGGGGCUCACUGGGGGCAGCAGAGCCCCUCCCUCCAGCCUGGCCCUGUGUGCCUGCUGGUAGGCUCCUCACACCUCACCGCCAUCAAUGGCAAUUCAGGAACAAAGCUUUGGUCUGCAACCCCAGGCGCAAUAGAGUCACCAGCGGUUUCACUUCCAGAUGUUGAUGGAGACUCAGUCCCUGACCUGCUCAUUGUGACACUGCCUGAGAACAAUGAGGCAGUCCUCUGUCUGGUUCUGCUGUCUGCACUGAAUGGCACCCAGAUUGGUCGUCCAGUCACCUUUAACCUCACAGGACAAGGCAAGCUGAUUGGACCUCUUCUCCAUGAGACCAGAAUGGGGGCCUAUUACAUUCUUUUUGGAUUGGGAACUGUGGAGGCAGUCUCCCUGAAAGACAUUUACACUAAAGCCAGUGGUGUGAGAGUCACAGACCCUAAGAUAAAAGUGAAGGAUCCUCGGUGGGAGAAGCUGAGGAAAACUAACUCAUCCUCGCUCAUCCACAUAUCAAGUGGCACAGAGGAAGUGAUUUUCCUUCUCCCUCUUGUGGCUGGACUAUGUAACAAUCACAACAACCUGGAUGUGAUGUCCAACAUGAACUCCAGUCAAAGCGAUUGGAUGGUGAUUUGUGAUAAAAGCAGGCUCUCCGUGCUUAAAGAGAAGGACACCCGCACACCCGUGUGGACAUUCAACUCCUCAACUAUGCACAGCCGUCCAACUCCAGGCCAAUUCAAUGGAGAUGGAAUUCCUGAUGUUCUCAUUCAGCUGUCUGCAGCUGGUGUGAGAAAGGUUCAGAUAAUAGAUGGAGCAAAUGGCUAUAGCCUGUGGGAGGCAGAGUUUGUUUGCCCACGCCUUGUGCUGGAGGGGUCCACUGUCAUGACGACCUCUGGCCAAUCUGUGUUCCUCUUCUGGGCUGGUGACCCUCUAAAACCACAGAAGAACAUUACCAAGCAGGCAUCUUCAGCUUCAGCCCCUACUGACCCAGUGGUCCGCAAGCUGUUCAUGUUGCACCCAACCUACCCCAUGAUACUGUUGGAGCUGAAUAGCACCACUGAUACUAUACUCACUGCUGCGGUGAGCUAUGAAGAACCGUGGAAAGAUGCCACUUACAUCACUGUGUUCUCCCGGCCCACGUCUGGUUCGGGACCGGGGACGCGCAUGGUGAAAAGCCUGAGCCUGAAGGCCGGCAUUGCGGGAGCAGUGAUCGUAAGGCUCGGUGAGGAGAGCCAGGCAGGAGCACCUGUCAGGCUUGGAGCUUUUGAGAUCAAGAAGUUCUUCAAGCAGCUGUCUUUCAAACAUCAGUGAUAAGUGUUGCCCAGACACAAUACAGCAUCUGAUGAGGACCAAACCAGUGGACAGGUCUCUUCAGUGAAAUAAGCUGACUAAUACAGUAUUUUCAAAGUUUUUAUUUAUUUUUGGUCAAUCACUAGUCAAUCAAAUACAUUGCUUACUGGCCACUACCAAAGCAUGUUGUAUGCACAUUGGCUUUCUCUGUAAACUGGAUAAAUGUAUCUGCACAAGGUCCAUUUCAUUGGAUCAACUGUAGAGAACUCAAGAGUGUAUUCAGACAACUACUUUCUAAGCACAAGUACAUACAGCUAUAUUUGCUUCAGUUUUUUAAAUCCUCACGUCACUACACUCAUUGGUUGUCUGCUGUUUUGCAAUAAUCUAACAUUUGAUUACCCUGCCUUUACCACUGCUUCAACUGGUUUAUUAGGACUGAACUGAAUCAAGUCUGGGAAAUGAAUGUAUUCUGAAAAGUUGCAAACACUAUGGAAGGACUAGUGAUUUUAAAAUGAGUUUUAUUGGCUGUACAUAUAUUAUGUUUCAGGUGCUGGUGUCAACUAAAUCGAAAUAGUGGUUUUGAUUUGGUGAUGUAAUCUCUCCGGUGUAUAUAUUUUUAUUCCUGUACAGUAUUUAUUUCUUCUGUAUUUGUUUUCUCUGAAGUUUAUUUAAGAAUGAAAUGAACAGAUUUUGAAAUACAUGGCCUUGGAGUGUUUUUAUUUGUAUAUAAGAGGGGUGUCAGUAAAUGUUACAGAAAAUACAUGGUAGUUUGAUUAUUUGUUUAGCAUAAAAAUGAACACAUUUGUACAGAUCUGUCCACGUUUUGACCAUGUGCAGUUCUUAAUUAACACAAUGCGAACCUGAUGGACUGUCUUGGCUGUAAUCAGUGAACUUUAUGUAAAUAAAACUAAUUCCUUGCA